AUGAAGUCCAACCUAAUGCAUUUGGUCCCCCCAGUAAGUAGGGACAGAAUACUUUCCUGGUUUCACAAAUGGUACACACCUGAGGCCUCUUUGCAGUUCAAAGAGCACUUCCAUGCAGAGGUCAGGACUGCUUGUCAGCAGAGCGCUGGGUAAGAUUGUAACUAUCUCUCUCCAAGAACUGUAGGAGACCACACGUAUAUUGGGAAAACCAGCCUUAUCCACAGAUUUUAUAAAGAUAAGUUUGCCUGAGAGUAGAAGGCAGUGGAUUUUGAAAUGGAUACUUUUAAAAUAAUUGGAAUAUAAUCUGCUGGGCAGAUAUGGGACACAGCAGGUCAGGAGAAGUUCAAGUGCAUUGCACCUGUUUACUACCGAGGAGCAGUGGUUAUAAUAACAGUGUUUAAUCUGGCUGAUACCCAGACUUUGAAUAACAUCAGAAAACAGUGGCUAGCAGAUGCACUGAGGGAGAAUGAGCCAGAUUCCAGCUUCAUCUUUCUAGUUGGAACAAAAAGAAAAAAAGAUGUGCUGGUACAGUGCGUUCAUAAUUCAGAAAGAGGGAAGAAUUCUGAGUUGUAUACGACAUCAUUUUCAGAAGAAUGGGGGGAGAUUGUCAAAGAAUUCCUUUCUCAAGUUUCUACCUUGGCCUUUGAACAGUCCUUGAUAAUGUAGCUGGAGAAUAUUUCUGGGCACAUCGCCCAGAUUGGGUCAGGAAACCUCAUCAAAGUGGAAAAAAACAUGAUGGAAAUCCCAGAACACAACUAUCAAGUAAGCCUGAGCUGUUGCUGA